AUGGAGAGCUAUCUGGAGGAUUUCUAUAAACACGAGGAUAUCUUUUUAGAAUUCCAGGCAUACGAGAGGAUGUUAAAGGAUGCGAGACAUCGGAUGAAAGCAUUGAGCCUGAGCGGUGCAGGCUCCCAGAGCACUCAGCGAUGCUUAGAGGAGAUCCGUGAGAUCCGGGAAAGGUCUCACUUCAACUUCAUCAAAUUGCACGUGUUAACGCACUAUCGGGAACAUGUCGAGCGCUUUGGUAGCAUUCCUCAGUACUCCACCGACAUCAGCGAGCUCGCCCAUAUGCGUCAGAUACUGGACUAUGGGGGGCGACGAUUGGCUUUAGAGAUUCGGAUUCUGAACCUAAAAGACAUCGUUGGGGGUCCUGAGAGCACUGACGACAUUCUUUGGAGCCAUCGAGAUAACCUAAAGGAAUUACUUGAGAUUUUCAAAAUCGAAGAUCGUAGAAAAAGGCCAAAUGAACGACCGAUAGUAGAAGGCCGACUGCCUCUAAAACGUCAUUGCAACCCCUCCACGAAAUCGGAAAGACUUUUCAAUAUUGCAGAUGCACUGCAAAUAAGCCAUACCACGUUGUACCGCCUGAUAAAAGAGUAUGCGGAGGAUGCGGGAUGCUCUCAAAGCUUCGUCGGGAGCUCUGAAAGCAUUUUAGAGUGCUGGAUGGAGAUGUUCACAUGUUUGCAGGUUCCGAUACCAAUCUUCCACAGACCUGAGGUGUACGAGGUCCACAACAUUAGGUGUACUGGAAACGCAUCUUUUAGGAAGGGGAAAAUAAGAAAGGACUAG